AUGCUGUUUUCUGCUAAGUUUUCUCCUACUCUCAACCUUGCCAUUUCUUCAACUACCAAGUGUUGUAGCAGAAGAAGAGAAUCAAGGAGAGGGUUGAAUAGUAUGAGAGUAAGAGCUAGCUCAACACAAAAAGAUGAAGAUGAGAAAUCUUCCUUCAAUCCUUUUGGAUUUGUUACUGAUAAUGCAUCAAGCCGUAGUGCCAUUCAAUUGCCUGAAAGCCCCGCUGAAGAUGGCAACGUUGGACAAAUGAUUGAUAAAAUACAAGACAAGGGCAAGGAAUUUGGGUCAUAUGUGAAAUCCGGGAAGUUGAGAUGGUUUGUGAGGGAAACUGGAUCAGCAAAAAGCAGACGAGGCACAAUCGUUUUCCUUCACGGUGCCCCAACACAAUCUUUUAGUUACCGAGUCGUUAUGUCUCAGUUGGCAGAUGCAGGGUUCCAUUGCUUUGCACCUGACUGGAUAGGAUUUGGUUUCAGCGAUAAACCACAACCAGGAUAUGGUUUUAAUUACACAGAAAAGGAGUUUCAUGAUGCAUUGGAUAAACUUCUUGAAGUGUUGAAGAUCGAAUCUCCGUUUUUCCUAGUUGUUCAGGGAUUUCUUGUAGGUUCAUAUGGAUUAACAUGGUCCUUGAAGAACUCAAGCAAGAUAUCAAAGCUAGCAAUACUAAACACUCCAUUAACCGAUUCAUCUCCCAUUCCUGGACUAUUUCAGCAGCUAAGAUUUCCUCUAUACGGUGAAUUUCAAUGCCAGAAUGCUAUUAUUGCUGAGCGGUUUAUUGAAGCAGGUAGCCCUUAUGUUCUGAAAAAUGAAAAGGCUGAUGUUUACCGGCUACCGUAUUUGGCAAGCAGUGGACCUGGAUUCGCUCUACUCGAAGCUGCAAGAAAAGCUAAUUUCAAAGGUACUUUCAGUGAAAUAGCAGAAGGAUUUGCGACUAACAGAUGGGAUAAACCUGUACUGCUUGCUUGGGGAUUAUCAGACAAGUACUUGCCACAAUCUAUAGCUGAGGAGUUUCAGAAAGGAAAUCCUCAAAACAUCAAACUUAAAUUGAUAGAAGGAGCCGGUCAUAUGCCGCAAGAGGAUUGGCCUGAGAAAGUUGUUGAUGCUUUCAGAAUGUUCUUUUGA